CCACCUCUCAGGACCCACAUGGCCGGCUUUUUUUCUUCUUCUCCUUCUUCUCGCUUCCUGUCCAAGCGGAUCUCCUCGCCAGCUCCAGAUGGAGAUGAUCAAUGCGAGCAUUCCGGCUGUGUCAGGAUCCUAAACCGCGACCUGUCCGUGUGGGAUUUUUAUACUUUUGUUUUAAUGCUUUUUUAUAAACAAGUGGUGCAGGAUGAAGUGAAGAUGGUGGCGCUCGGAAAGUCGAGGUUUUAUCAUGUAUGCUUUGAUUUCACGUUUAUUUCUAAAGCCAUACACACACAGGGGGUGAACCCGCCCUGGGCUCGAUUAUGUUCAAAUGAUCCGAUUUAUAUCUGAUCCCAGACUGUUUUAGUCAUGAGAGCCUCAUCUUCACGUUUAUCCAGCUUUUCUUCCAGAGACUCCUUAUGGAGCCGGAUGCCGGACCAGAUCACGGUGUCCGAGUUCUUGUCGGAAACCACGGAGGAUUACAACUCGCCGACCACCUCGAGCUUCACCACCCGCUUACAGAGCUGCAGGAACACGGUCAGCGUGCUGGAGGAGGCGCUGGAUCAGGACCGAACGGCGCUACAGAAGGUGAAGAAGUCAGUCAAAGCAAUUUAUAACUCUGGGCAAGAGCAUGUUCAGAAUGAAGAGAACUAUGGACAGGCCCUGGACAAGUUCGGUAGUAACUUCAUGAGCCGAGACAGCUCAGACCUCGGGGCUGCCUUCAUCAAGUUCUCCAGUCUGGUGAAAGAGCUGGCAGCUCUGCUCAAAAACCUGAUCCAGAGCCUAAGCCACAAUGUGAUCUUCACCCUGGACUCUUUGCUGAAAGGCGACUUGAAAGGAGUGAAAGGGGAUCUCAAAAAGCCCUUCGACAAAGCCUGGAAAGAUUACGAGACAAAGUUUACGAAGAUUGAGAAAGAGAAGCGAGAGCACGCCAAGCAGCACGGGAUGAUCCGCACAGAGAUCACAGGAGCCGAGAUCGCGGAGGAGAUGGAGAAAGAGCGCAGAAUCUUUCAACUACAGAUGUGCGAAUACCUGAUCAAAGUGAACGAGAUAAAGACUAAGAAGGGAGUGGACCUCCUCCAAAACCUCAUUAAGUAUUAUCACGCACAAUGCAACUUUUUUCAGGACGGCCUAAAAACCGCGGACAAGAUGAAGCAAUAUAUCGAGAAGCUAGCAGCUGAUCUCUAUAAUAUAAAACAAACACAGGAUGAGGAGAAGAAACAGCUCACUGCUCUUAGAGACCUUAUUAAAUCCUCCUUACAGCUGGACCAGAAGGAGUCUAGGAGAGACUCGCAGAGCAAGCAGAGUGGAUACAGUAUGCAUCAGCUUCAGGGCAAUAAGGAGUUUGGCAGUGAAAAGAAGGGCUAUCUGAUGAAGAAGAGUGAUGGGCUGCGGAAGGUGUGGCAGAGGAGGAAGUGUUCGGUGAAGGGGGGCAUCCUGACCAUUUCUCAUGCCACGUCAAACAGACAGCCAGUUAGACUUAACCUGCUCACCUGCCAGGUGAAACCAGGCGAGGAUAAGAAGUGCUUCGACCUGAUCUCCCAUAAUCGUACAUAUCAUUUCCAGGCAGAGGAUGAGCAGGAGUUUGUAAUCUGGAUCUCUGUGCUGACUAACAGUAAGGAGGAAGCUCUGAACAUGGCAUUCCGUGGGGAAGAGAGUGCAGGGGAUGACAGUCUGGAGGAUCUGUCCAAAGCCAUCAUCGAGGACGUGCUGCGCAUGCCUGGCAAUGAGGUGUGCUGCGACUGCGGAGCUCCAGAACCUAAAUGGUUGUCUACUAACCUGGGCAUCCUGACCUGUAUCGAGUGUUCAGGCAUCCACAGGGAGAUGGGCGUUCACAUUUCACGCAUACAGUCCAUGGAGCUGGAUAAACUAGGCACUUCUGAACUCUUGCUGGCCAAGAAUAUAGGAAACAGUAGUUUUAAUGAAAUCCUGGAAGGGAAUCUGCCGAUCCCCUCACCCAAGCCUAUGCCAUCCAGUGACAUGACUGAGAGGAAGGAGUACAUCAACGCUAAAUACAUUGAGCACCGCUUUGCACGGCGUACGGCGAGCACGGCCACGGCGAGGCAAGGUGACCUGUAUGAGGCGGUCAGGACUCGAGACCUGCUGGGGCUUGUGCAGCUCUACGCUGAUGGAGUGGAGCUACUGGAACCAUUCCCAGAGGCAGGACAGGAUCCUGGGGAGACGGCUUUGCAUUUCGCUGUACGGACUUCAGACCAAUCCUCGCUGCCCUUGAUCGAUUUCCUUGUUCAAAACAGCGGAUCUCCGGACCGGCAGACGGAAAGCGGAAACACAGCGCUCCAUUACUGCUGUACGUACGAGAAGCCGGAGUGCGUCAAACUGUUACUCAGGGGCAAGCCGCUGAUCGAUAUAGCCAAUCAGAACGGGGAGACGGCCUUAGACAUCGCAAGGAGGUUAAAAAACACACAGUGUGAGGAACCUCUAAUGGAGGCAGCAGCUGGCAAGUUCAACCCUCAUGUUCAUGUAGAGUACGACUGGAACCUGCGGCUGGAGGAGAUCGAUGAGAGCGAUGAUGAUCUGGAUGAUAAGCAGCCAAGUCCGGUGAAGAAGGAGCGAUCGCCUCGACCGCAAAGCUUCUGUCACUCAUCCAGCGUGUCUCCUCAGGAGAAGCUCUCAUUGCCUGGAUACUUGAGCCACAGGGACAAGCAACGUCUUUCGUAUGGGGCCUUCGCCAACCCCGUCUACAACACUUCCACAGAAACGCCCGCAUCGCCCGGGGCAGACACGCCCACUCCUGCCACCAAGAGCAGUGCCAAAGCUCCCUCCACUGGCCCUCCUACCUCUCUUCCACUGGGUUCUCAGCCAUGUACAAGUGGCAGCUCCACUCUGUCUAAAAAGAGGGCUCCUCCACCUCCUCCUGGAGGCCAUAAACGCACUCUCUCAGACCCUCCCAGCCCUGUUCUCCAGGGACCCCAGAAUAAAGGGAGCGAUUCAACACCUCUGCCUGCGAACAGGACCUCGCCAGCUAACAAAUUUGAAGGAAUACAGCAAAGCACUACUUCUAGUAAUACAAAAUCAACACUUGGUCCGAGAGUCUUACCGAAACUACCUCAGAAACUGGCAUUAAGAAAGACUCCAGGCAUCAACCCCUCAGUGGACAAAACCAAUCAGGGCCCUGAGGUCCUGCAGAAACCUACUCAAAUGGUGGACAUUCCAACCAGAGAUAUCAUUACCAGACCAACGGAGCCUCCACCCAAAAUCCCACAGGCAGCCGAGAGGCCCCAGCCAGCCGAGAUUCCUCCCAAACCACACGUCCUGGAUCUUCCCCCUAAACCCCAGCUCUCGGAUCUUCCGCCAAAACCACAGUUAUCAGAAUUACCCCCCAAACCCCAACUGUCAGAUCUGCCCCCUAAACCCCAACUAAAGGAUCUGCCACCUAAGCCACAGCUAUCGGAUCUUACCCCAAAGGUUCCGGCAUCCGCAGCUACAGAGACACCUCAGAAACAACCAACACUGGAAGAGAGCGCUCCAAAGGUGCAGCUAACAGAGGUACCAUCUCCAAGCCAUCAGGGAGAGCUUUCACCAAGGCAGGCAAGUGAGGAUACGAAUGGGGCACCAGCAGGAGUCGUAGAGAUUCCAGUCCCUCUGCCACGCAAAAUAAACACGGGGAAGGCCAAAAUCAAAAGGGUGAAGACUAUCUAUGACUGCCAAGCAGACAACGAUGACGAGCUGACCUUUGCUGAAGGAGAAGUGAUCAUCGUUACAGGAGAAGAGGACCAAGAGUGGUGGAUUGGACACAUAGAAGGUCAGCCAGACAGGAAAGGGGUCUUUCCUAUGUCCUUUGUGCAGAUUCUGUCCGACUGACAAUGUGACCGGCAGGUGUGAGACUGCCCCUGUAGCACAAGCUUUGCCCCCUUUAGCCUCUCACCAGACUUCGGACUUCGCCUCUCUGUAUAGCUGCUGUAACCCAAACAAAUCUCAAGAAUCCAAAAGGAAAGAAAAACAUAUAUCAUAUCAAAUCCAGACUCUUGGAAAAAAGAAAGAAAGAAAAAACCCACGAAGGGAGAACUGAGUAAAGUGCGUGUUAACAAACUGCAUUAUAUUGCCUACCAGUAUUACCGUAGCCAUGGCGGCCCAGCAUGCUAACCUGGGUAUGCAGUAGCUAUUCUCGGAAUAUAGCACUUAAACAUUUCUCAGUGUAUGCUGUAACUUUGUGUAUGUGUGCAUAUGGAAUUAUAUGUAUGUCCAUAUUAAGUGUCUGUGUACAUAUAUAUGCGCAAAUGUAAGUGUAUAUAUAUGUACUUAUGUUAUGUAGGAUGUAAGUGUGCAAAUGUAUGUUAACCCCUGCUUGUUUCGGGAGCCGGAUCGACUCCGGCUGACAUUUUAGCUGUGUUUUUAUUCAUCUCUCAAAUUCCUGAAUGGAUGAAAAAACUAAGAAAAAAACCCAGAGAGAAUUAAAUGACGGUUUCACUGAA